UCCAUCGCUAGUUGUGUAGCUCAUAACUUUCCAGAAAUUUCCCAACAACUCCGUGUUGACGGUCGUCUCCGGCUGGCAUCCAUCCCUCCCCUCUGCUGCUGGUGUAAACCCACACUCUGACUCCAGACUAAUUUAAGACAGCUCUUUGAACCCGGAGCCCACUGCGCUCCUGCCGGUUGUUGUGAAUGAGUUGAGUCAGUGCGCUCCUCGGGACCCUUACCACUGUUUUGUUUUUUUAAAUCUCAGAACCGUCAUCUAUUAAAAAACAAAAAUUAAAAUAAUUAAAUUAAAUUAAGAAAAAGGUUAUUUUGGCUGUUUGUGGGUGAGUUGGGAGCAGGACUGCAGCAUGGAUACAGCCCGCGACUCCGCCGGAGAGGGGAAGCCGGGAUGUCAGUCCUCGGUGCAGCGGUGGCUGCCAGGUUUCCCCAUCGCUCUCUGCCUGCUCAUGUCCCUCAGCUCCAUCACCGUGUGUCUUCUGAUGAGCCUCAAGACCUUCCAGCUGGAGCAGCGACUGCAGAUGGAGAUAGAGAAGCCGUACAACUUCCAAACCCCGCAAAGGUCUUUCCGGAACGAGGACGGGACGCUCGUUUCUGAGCUCAGCACCCCGAUAGAGAAGCUGGUGGAAGAGAAAGUUGUAGAUCUGAUGCCGAGACUGCGGACAGCUAGGGAUGUUGGCCAAGAGUGCUCCUGUCCUCCAGGGCCUCCAGGAAAGCGUGGACGGAUGGGAAGAAGAGGUGAACCUGGGCCUCCUGGCAAGGCUGGACGGGAUGGAUACCCGGGUCCGCUGGGCUUGGAUGGCAAACCAGGUUUACCAGGUCCCAAAGGAAGCCAGGGGCCAGCCGGACCCAAAGGAGAGAAGGGGGAUCAAGGAGACGUUGGACCAAGGAUGGUUUUCCCUCGAUAUGACCAUGGCUUUCUCUCUGGAGAGCAGUCCGGCAGCUUUCAGAGACGCUUUCUGAAGGGCGAUCAGGGCCAAGCUGGACCUGCCGGCCCACCCGGUCCUCCUGGUCCACCUGGCCCCCGCGGGCCCCCCGGGAACACCGGCAAGGAUGGGCCUCGGGGCCCUGCUGGAGAACCGGGUUUUCCAGGUCGUGAUGGUGGUGAGGGACUGCGAGGACCGCCUGGACACCCAGGUAAAGAUGGUGAGUCCGGCUAUCCAGGAUCACAGGGUCCUCCAGGGCCAAAGGGUGAGACAGGUGCAGGCGAAAAAGGAGCGAGAGGCAUGGACGGACUCCCGGGAUUAAAGGGUGAUAAAGGAGAAAGCGGUGAGCAGGGACCUAUGGGUUAUCCUGGUGAAAAGGGAGUUGCAGGAUCCUCAGACAUCAUCGACUUCAAUGGGAAGCUUCUAGAUGCUUUCCAGGCCAUCAACACCAUCAGUGUUUCGGGCCCAGCUGGACCACCAGGACCCCCGGGACCCCCUGGGGAAAAGGGUGAGCUUGGUUUACCGGGACCAGCAGGAGUUGACGGAGAGAAGGGAUUCAAAGGUGACGUGGGUGAGACAGGCCCUCCUGGCGAGAGAGCAGAGAAGGGAGAAAUGGGUCUUUCUGGGCCUGCUGGUAUGGAUGGACAUAAAGGGGAAAAAGGAGACUGCCGUCUGGAUGACAACCUGGCUCAAAUGAUCUCCCAGCCAGGCCCACCUGGUCCACCUGGCCCUCCGGGAGUACCUGGCUCCCCUGGAGCCACGGGGCUGCAUGGGAUGCCCGGUCCUAAGGGUGAGCCGGGCUUCGGGACCAAGGGAGACAAGGGGGACUCAGGUCUUCCUGGACUCAGAGGACUAGACGGCCACCAGGGUCCAACUGGGUCUGCAGGAUUAGUGGGCCUGCCAGGGGCGAAGGGAGAAAAGGGCAGACCAGGGGAGCCUGGACUCGACGGUUUUCCAGGUCUGAUGGGAGAUAAGGGCGACCGAGGGGAAAAAGGAGAUAAGGGUGACAGGGGAACAGUAGGGAAGAGAGGUCUGAAGGGCCAGAAAGGAGAACAAGGUCCUCCAGGUCUGGACCAGCCCUGUCCUGUGGGUUGUGAUGAGACUAAAGGUCCAUCUGUGAAGGCAGGGUUUUCUUCCUCUGAAACUCCUCCUCUUCCUCCGUCUGGCCCUGAGGCCCCCUGUCCUGUGGGACAGGACGGGUUACCGAUACCAGGCUGUUGGCACAAGGAGGAAAUGGUGAGGCAGAAGCUCAAACGCAAACGUCUCUCUCAGCCUUGAGAGAAGGCAGGACCUGUUGGAGAGAGGAUGCAAAGAUGGGCAGAAAGCAUGAAGGGCAGAUUGGCUUUUCUGAAGCAGAGCUUGCCAUGACAUGAGCCUCUGCGUCACACCGAACUCUCAGAUCCUCCGUUAUGGAAACUGUCCAGGAGGGGACGGCAGAACUCUGCGCUUCCACAUUCAACCUCAGAGGGAUAUACAAACCUGUUGCUGGUGAUGUUGCGCAACAGCUUGAUAGCCAAGUAUUUGGGAGUCGCUGACGUCCCUGGCACAUAAGGAAGGAUUUACUGUUCAGAUACAUUAGACAUGUUGUGAUUAUAUUCUAUAAAUCAUUAAAAUGUUAACGCAUGAUCAUUACAGGACACAGUGUUGUUUAGUAUCCUGACAGCUUGUGCAACUUCUUUGUCUCUAAAGGAAAGCAGAAACAACAGCACAUUCAUUUUCAUUCACACUAAGCAGUCUUUCCAUAUGAACAAGCCUCUCAGAAAUGUCACGAACUCUACCUUUACAUGGCUUACUUUUGUGACACUUCCGUGCUGUUUUGUAUUGUUUUGCUUUAUUCUUUCCUGUUUUUCUCCAGUUACAUUUUGCAUUCCUGUGCAUUGCCAUGAUUUUUGAAUAGAUGUUGAAACCUAAAGGCCAGAUUUUGAAGGAGCCAUUUGCAGUAUUUGUGAUAAAUCAGUGUUGCCUUGACAAAUAAUUACCCUUAACUGAUGCAUUUUGACCGAUCAUAGUGUUUUAUCUACAGAGGAAGGCAUUUUUAAUUACUGCUUCCAGUUUAUCUGGACAACAGUAGAAAUUCUUGCUGCUGACUUAAAUGUGUGUUGUUUGAUUUUUAUUAUAUAUUUUUUUAAUCAAUAUUAGCCAUUGACUGAAGGACUGAUAUGCUUAAGUAUGACAUUUUAAGCUAACAUACUUGCAUCAGCUGUCUCUUUGGGGUCAUCAUUCAUUUUCAUUGAGCAAUACACCUUUGACAUGUCUGUGUGAGUGUGCUUUUCUUUCAUUUACCACAAACGUUUAUAGUCUCUUCUGCUAGGUGACUUUCAUUGCUGUGGUCUUUGGAAUACAUCUCUCUCAGAGGGACUAACUUCUUGGUGCUUACAUACUUUUAUUUAAAGGCAGGGUACAGGAUACUAUGUUAUUUUGAACAAACAACACUUUUUUCUCUGCACCCGUCACAAGCUGCCAAUCUAGUGAGUGCCCUGUAAAACAAAACCUUUUUUUUUUUAAAUUAGAGUGGGAGCAGCCUACUCCAACCAAUCAUGACGCAGGGAAGGCUCAUGCUCGGCAGGUCUGGGUGGGUGCUGUGAAAGUUCAUGAUGUGAUGUAUUUUCUUGGGGAGCACUGGAGGAAGGAGGAGUGUGGACCUAGAUCUCCAGGUUUUUUUUAAUGUUUUGUUCAAAUAUGAGCAGCUGUGAUGUCAUCCGAAACUUUUUUACCCUGCCUUUAAAAACGACAUUUACAGUAAUUAAAAAGACACAUAUGUACUUUUAAAAUGAUGACAAAACACAAGAACAAAGACAUUGUUCUGGCUGGUACUGAUAUACCAUUAACUAUUGUCACAUACGUGGAUACAUAACAGGAUUGAGGAUUGCAUUGGUUGGAAAUACGCAACUACACUGUUACAUUUAUGGGAAAUAAAGUUGAUGUUUUUUAUUUGUAUAUUUUACUUUGAUAUAAGUUGCACUUUUUCACUUCAGUUUGAGUAUAAUUGUAUUUUUUUAUGUAGCACAGUACAUAUGUGGGUUAAUAGCAUGACAUAAGUGACAACUCACAGUUUCAUUGAUAACAACUUGUCACAUUGAUUUAUGGGCAGCACAAAUCUACAUACAGGCGGAUAAACAUUUCUCAUUUCAACAAUGACAAGCUUUAAUAUUUUCUAACUUCUCUGGACGUCGGUAGGUCAGCCUACUGCCAAUGUUGACCUCCUUUUGGAUACUAUAGAAGUGUUACUUUGCUGUUAUUAUUCUGUGCGUCACUUAUCCCGGCAGGGUUUCUGUUUAGGUGUCUGCAUAUUUUACAUUACACCGUCAUUAUUGUAACGCUUACAUCUUGCAAAACAAUUUCAGUGUUAAUGCCAUAAUAAUUAUGUGAAUUUGUUUUACUUUAUUAAGCAUUUGAAAGACGAGUGCAUCAAGUAUUUCAACGUCAUUAUACAAUGUAAAUGUUGAGAGAUGGAUAGUAUUUGAAAGCAGAUUGGGUUAAUUUCACACAAGGUUUGGCAUUAUUUCAGUUUAAGCUGAUGGUUAUCUGUGACCUAACAUUAUCAAAUGUUUAUUUCUUUUGCAGAUUCUAUCAGUGCCAUUUUGAUGAGUUAAUGGAGUGAGUUUAUAACAGUGUCUGAUUAGAGUUUGAUAUUAUAAAAAAUGUUGUACUGCAGUGUUAGCUUGACUUUGUGAGAAUGUUUUUUUGUUUUUCUUCUGGUUGUGUAUUUGGUUGUAAAAGAUUUAAGCUAUUUUUGUAAUUUCUCGUCCAAAUAUGUAAAACAUGAAAUCUGGUCAUCCAAACAUGUAGACAGAAAUAAACUCUCUACUUUUA